CGGAAAGCGGAAGGGAAGGGGGAGUGAAUGCGUGUGGAAGUCUUACAAGUGGCAAGAGGAACAGAAGGCAGUGUGAGGUUCUGCCAGCUGAUACAUCAUGAGUCUGCAGUGGACAGCCGUGGCAACCUUUCUGUAUGUGGAAGUCUUUCUGGUGUUGCUGUUGUGCAUUCCUUUCAUUUCCCCCACAAGAUGGCAGAAAAUCUUUAAGUCCCGCCUGGUCCAGUUAUUAGUGACGUAUGGGAACACAUUCUUCCUUGUCCUGAUAGCGAUUCUGGUGCUGUUAUUACUAGAUGCCUUCCGGGAAAUUCAGAAAUAUGGAGUCGGGGAGCAGGUGGAUCUUAAGAAUAACCCGGUGGCCGUAGAGCACAUCCACAUGAAACUCUUCAGAGCUCAGCGCAAUCUGUAUAUCGCUGGCUUCUCCCUGCUCCUGUCCUUCCUUCUGAGGCGGCUGGUCAUGCUGAUCUCCAAACAGGCUACUCUCUUGGCAUCUAAUGAGGCCUUCAGGAAGCAGGCAGAAAGCGCCAGUGAUGCAGCCAAGAAGUACAUGGAGGAAAAUGACAAGUUAAAGAAGGAACUGAAGUCUUUAGGCGUGGAGGUGAGCGACCUGCCCGAUAACAAUGCUGAGGAGGAUAACAAGAAGCUUAAAGAAGAAGUGCGCAAACUUAAGGAGGAGCUGGGGUCAGCAAGGAAAACCCUGCACAAGUCCGAGAGUGAGGUUGUGGCAAUCAAGAAGCAGUGCGAAGGCCUAACCAAGGAGUAUGACCGGCUGCUGGAAGAGCAUUCUAGACUGCAGGCACAGUCAGAUGGACCAAAGGACAAGAAAGACGACUGAGUCAGCCAUGGAUACCCCCCAAAAGCAUCCCCAGCAGUGUCCUGUUGUGUUCUUUCCAUGGAGCGGUUACUACAGAGUGCAUGGCAGUGGCAGAAAGCACUUUUUCCAGAUGGGCUCUUGGCAGUCAUUUUUUAAACAUGUAUUCUAUUUCCAGCUAACGGCAACAGCACUCUGAUUGGCCUUUUCUUCUAUCCUCUCCCUAAUGCUAUCUGUCUGCUUUCUGCUCCCUCAUCAUAGACAGACUGUAACAUGGACCCCCAGCCAAGUCGCUUACAGCCCCCCCCCCCCCCCAAUAACACUUCUUUUCUUUCAUGGGUACAGUGUAUUCCUUGUAUUCUAAGGAUACAUGAGUGGUUUAAGCUAAAGAGGGAAGAUUCAAUUAUUUUUUCAGGGUUUCAGCUACAGAAUUGUGAUUUGAGUGCAAUUAGCGUUCCUUGAUUUGCAUGUCUAGCCCUCCACCAGCAGCAAGGGAGUCAAUAAACCUGGUUUAAACAAA